CUCGAAAGUUCCAUGAAGGCAGACGCCUCCCAGCGGGCAGGAACAUGAAGGGCUUAUCGGGCAGCCGUUCCCAGCACCAGAUCCCUUUACCCCAUGGCUUGGACUACGACCCCCACGUCCACGACCUCCACGCUCACCAUGGCUCUGAUUCCCGCCACUCGUCCUACCUGCUCAGCCCUACAGAGAGCUGCCCCAUGGACUUCCACCACCGCUAUUCGCCGCGCAGCUCCAUCCACUCUGACUGCAUGAUGAUGUCCCCUAUCAUGAUGCCCCCAGCUGCUGCAUCUGACCACAUUUCCAGCAGCACCUUCCCCAGAAUGCACUACAGCUCUCAGUAUUAUGACUCGGCUACACGAGACGACUGCGCAGCCAUCACAGCCUCUGCCACUUCCCCAGCUGUUGCUGCAGCUGCAGCAGCAGCGGCCGCCUCCACUCACCAUGCUGGCACAAAGAGCAACCGCCUUCCUGCUAACCUUCUAGACCAGUUUGAGAAACAACUGCCACUACAUCGCGACGGCUUCCACACGUUACAGUACCAGCGCACUUCAACCACAACUGAGCAACGCAGUGAGAGUCCUGGCCGCAUCCGACACCUUGUUCAUUCUGUCCAGAAGCUCUUCACAAAAUCCCACUCCCUUGAAGGAUCAUCCAAGAUGAAUGGCACAAGAGGUGAUAUUGUAGGAGGUGGAGGAGGAGCAGGGGGAUACCACCAUCACGGCCAUCACCCCUCCAAACAUGGUAGCAAGAGAAGCAAGAGCAAAGAACGUAAGCACCGCUCUGGUGGCUGGUGGAGCUCUGACGAUAACCUGGAUAGUGACAGCACUUAUCGCACUCCCAGUGUCAUGUCACGGCAUCAUGGGGAACAUGUCAGCCACCACUACCCAGAUUCCAUGCACAGUCAUCACUUUGGAGACCUGUCACUUAAGACCUCUAAGAGUAACAAUGAUGUCAAGUGCUCAGCAUGUGAGAGUCUGGCCAUGGCACCCGAAGGCAAAUUCAUGAAGAGGAGCUCCUGGUCGACGUUGACUGUCAGCCAGGCCAAGGAGGCCUAUAGAAAGUCAUCACUCAAUCUUGAAAAACCCAUGAUGCACACAGACCUCAAAUCUUCAUCAAGGGCCUGUCAUUACCUGCAGGUGCCCCAGGAUGAGUGGAGUGGAUACCCUGGUGAGAAGGAUGAUGAGAUCCCAUGUCGGCGAAUGCGCAGCAGUAGCUAUGUCAAAGCUAUGGGAGAAAUUGAUGAUGAAAGUGGUGACUCUGACACCAGCCCUAAGAUUUCCCCAACAAAGGCCAUUCGACCUGAUGCUCUUGUUCUAAAAUCAGCCAUGCAGAGAUCCCACUUAGAUUCAAGCCCGGGCUACCACUUGCAAACCACAAGAGAUAUGCGAUCCCACCCUAGUGUUACACUGGACCCUACCACCUUCCAUCCCCCGCCUUUCCGCUCUCGUAACCAGAGCUACAUGCGCGCCGUCAGCACCCUCAGUCAGGCUAGCUGCGUGAGCCAGGUGAGUGAGACUGAGAUCAAUGGCCAGUUUGAGUCAGUUUGCGAGUCCGUUUUUAGUGAAGUAGAAUCCCAGGCCAUGGAGGCCUUGGACCUGCCGGGUUCGUUCCGCACUCGAAGCCACAGUUACCUCCGUGCAAUUCAGGCUGGUUAUUCCCAAGAUGACGACUGCUUGCCUUCAAUGACAUCCUCCACUGUCACUUCAACUCUCAGAUCCACAACAGGCGCCCGUAGCUUAGCUGGGGGGCGUAGAGAGUACGGUAGGUCUGGGAUUCAGUUUCGUCUCCCUACUUCCUGCAGUGUGGACCGUGCUCAGCCACCUCCAGCGGUAUCAUAUCCUCCCAGUUACAAGAAGACUCCACCUCCUGUGCCCCCGCGCACCACCACCAAGCCUCUUAUCUCUGUGACAGCCCAGAGCAGUACAGAGUCCACCCAAGAUGCCUACCAGGAGGCCAGGCAUCCACGGGGCGGUCUGUGGACCACGGAUAGCCUGGGCCGCCCCAUCUACAGCUCCACAGAUAGUCUGGACAGCACCAAGGCGGUCACCAUGGCCAUGGAGUCAGCAGCAGGCAAGAGGCAUGCGUCUUUGGGCAGCCACAGCUCAGUCCAGACAUGCGACAAGGCAGUGCUGGUGUCCAAGGCCGAGGAGUACCUCAAAACCCCACGUUCCUCAAUUGGGAUACAGGUGGAAACUGUGACAGACUCUGAGACUGAAACAAAAGGCCUUCCUCAGUUUCAUUCUAUAGGGAUCCAGGUGGAGGACCAUAAACGGCACGGGCGGUUCAAACGCUCCAAUAGUGUGACCACUGCAGUGCAGGCAGACCUGGAGUUGGAGGGCUUCCCCUCUAUGGAGGACAAGGGCCUGCAGUUCGGUGGUGGCUUCGGGCGUCACUCUGAGCCCAGUACGCCCACGCAGUACGGAGCCAUCCGCACAGUGCGGACACAGGGCCUGUUCAGCUACAGGGAGGACUACCGGCCGUCCAGUGGGCCGUCCAGCCCACAGCCUGAACCCUGGUUGGUUGAACCCAGCCUGGAGAGCACCGAGACGGGCCGAGUGUCACCCAUCCGCAGGGACGGCAGUUGGUUUAUGCAGCUCUUACACAAUGAAACCAAGAGGUUGGAAGGAUGGUGCAAAGAGAUGGAACGAGAGGCUGAGGAGCAUGACAUGUCAGAGGAGAUCCUAGGAAAAAUCCGUAGUGCCGUGGGAAGUGCUCAGCUCCUAAUGUCUCAAAAGUUUCAACAGUUUUACUGGCUAUGUCAGCAGAAUCUGGACCCCAGUGCCAUGCCCAGACCCACAUCUCAGGACCUGGCUGGAUUCUGGGACCUCUUGCAGCUUUCCAUCGAUGACGUCACUGCCAAGUUUGAUGAGCUGCAGCAAAUCAAGAGCAACCACUGGCAGCUGGUGGAGAGCCCAGAGAAGAAGGAGCGGAAGUGGCCCCCACCACUGACGAAGAGGCCGACGAAAGGGCGUGGCAGCAUAAUGAGGGAGCGCUCUUUGGACCUUCAGGACCGCCAGCGGCAGGAAGCGCGCAGACGCCUCAUGGCUGCCAAACGAGCAGCUUCUUUUAGACAGAACUCGGCCACAGAGCGGGCAGACAGCAUCGAGAUCUACAUCCCAGAAGCCCAGACUCGGCUUUGAGGUCCACGGAUUCAUCCUCAGCUCGUUGUCGUCCACCUCACCUCCACCCAACACCAGCUCCUGGCGUCACGUCCAGCCUCCUUCUGUCACAACUCUGUCAUCUGUCGCCAUUCUCUGGGCUGUCCCUGCUGAAGCUACACUAGGCAAGAUUUAUGUUGAAAAUACAUCCUUCUUAAAAGCCAAACUGACAAAAUGGCACUGCCAGAUAGAAGGAGAAGUUCUACGUUCAAUUUAACUUUGAUUCUACGGUCUGACGUAAACGCUUUCCACGCACACAGGAAGCGACAACAUGCAAAUUUACGGUAAAACCCAAACUGGACACACUAGCCCUUCUACUGGUUGUCUGUUUGGUUCAAAGUGACCACAAGACAGCUGGAGUGUUUCUUUUCUUUUUUUUUAAUGAAUUUGAUUUAAUUAUUUCCAAUUUCAGAGCCGAUAACAUGUGAAGUUGCCUAGUGUAGCUUUAAGCCCACACACAUCCUGCACCAUGAGAAUGAGCUGCUAUUCCCUCACAUCGACAUUUCACUUAAUAUGAAUUUAAACAUUACUUUAAUAGUCUCCAUUAUUGCCAUCGUCUCACUGUGAGUUUGGGUACUGCUACACCUGCCACAAUCAAAAGGAAACAGAAGUUGCAGCUUUUCUAGGGACUCGCCAGCAACAGUGGUCGAAAGCAGGUUGUGUGAAAGCAGGCAGCGAUGGUCCCCAUGGAAAUGGAUGUUGUGGUUGGAAAGACCUUGUCAAAUUGCAAAAAAAAAAAAAAAAAAAACUACAA